AUGGAAACCUAUGAUGUGAAAUCAAGCCAGUGUCAUGUUGGGAUUUUGUUCUGCAGUGAAUGCAACAACAUGUUGUAUCCUAAAGAGGAUAAGCGUACAAAAACAUUAUACUACGCAUGUCGUAACUGUGAUUAUUCCCAGGAAGCAGACAAUCCCUGUGUUUAUAUCAACAAACUGGAACAGGAAGUUGAUGAAUUGGCUUUAAUUGUACCGGAUGUUGUUCAUGAUCCAACACUGCCUCGAACAGAAGAUCAUAUAUGUCGUCGAUGCGGUAAACAAGAAGCUGUAUUUUUUCAAUCACAGACAUUGAAAGCGGAAGAAAAUAUGCGUUUAUAUUAUGUUUGUACCAAUGUUGAAUGUUUACAUAAAUGGACUGAAUAGAUAAUGUACAUAUAUAUAUAUGCUAUGAAAGGAAGUCCUGAAUAAGAACUAAAC